AUGGCACCCUCAGAGACAGCGCCUCUGCUCCGCCAAGAAUCGACGACAUCAUACGCUCCGGACGAGGAACACGAUGACACUACAGCCGCGAGAAGCACAUUUGCCCGCAAUCUGGGUGCGCUCGAUGGAUUUGCGCUCCUGAUAAGCAUCGUCAUCGGCUCAGGAGUAUUUUCAUCGCCUGGACCUAUCGAUGCGAACGUUCCAUCACCUGGCGCUGGGCUACUUGUAUGGCUAGUUGGUGGUAUUCUAGCAUGGACUGGUGCUCUGACCAUGGCGGAACUAGGUACCGCGUUCCCUGGCGAGGGCGGCAUCCAACCGUAUCUCACUUACAUCUACGGAGAUGUCUUUGGAUACAUGGCCGCUUGGUCUUGGGUCGUAGCAACCAUGCCAGCUACACUUGCGAUUCUCAGCAUCGUAUUUGUGGAGUCCAUCUACUCCAGCUUGGGUGUGAACGAACCAGAUCCGCCCAUCACGCAUAAAUUGCUGUCUCUGCUUGUCCUAGUGUGUGUAACGACUCUAAACUCCAUCAGCACCAAAACGAGCACCCGGUUGUCUAGCUUCUUCGUUGCCAUAAAAUUGCUUACCAUCUUUCUCCUCAUCGUAGCUGGUUUAGUCGUGGUCUUCGUUUUUGUGGGAAAGAGCAAGGACCUCGGAGGUCAUGAUUGGCAUCGAAACAAUUGGUUUUCUCCAAGAGACACGGUACUACCCGAUGGAUCGAGGUUCGACUGGACAAAAGUGACUACGUGGCAGUCACUUGGCUUCUACAGUACAGCUCUUUAUGGAGCCUUAUGGGCGUACUCUGGCUGGGACAAGGCAAACUAUGUUGCAGCUGAGUUGCGAAAUCCCAGCCGCCAACUGCCACUCUCCAUCAACACCGCUAUACCUACCAUCAUACUUUGUUAUAUCGCGGCCAACGCCGUCUACUAUAUUCUACUCCCUUGGGAGGUUGUAUCAACAACAGAUGCUGCUGCUGUAACGGCUGUUACCCAAUUCCUUGGCAAGAGUGUAGCUUACUUUGCUACAGCGCUCAUCUGCCUUGUAAUUGCGGGCUCCGCUCUUGGUAACUCUUUCGUGGCUGGAAGGAUGACUGUCGCAGCAGCGAACAACAACUGGUUUCCGCGAGUUCUUGGCACUGUCGGUUGUGUCGGUACACUGAAAGUGAGCAAGAUUGCCGAUUCGGGCGAACCAGCGGACAUGACCAUGGAUAAUGGAGAGUCUCCAAUUAAUGCUUUGAUUCUCAACACCAUACUCUCCGGCAUCUACAUUCUGCUCGGAAACAUGCGCAUUCUGUUGACUUUGAAUGGCCUGGCUGAAUAUGCUUUCUUCUUCCUCACCGUGCUCGGCGCCAUCAUUUUGCGUUUCCGAGAGCCCGAUCUACCCCGACCAGUGAAACCGCUCAUCGUUAUCCCCAUACUGUUCGCCCUAAUCAGUGGCUUCGUCGUUAUCAGAGGUGCUGUUUUUGCACCCAUACAAGCAGCGGUCCUCGUAGGAAUAUGGCUUUGUGGUCUUGUGUUUUACUUUGUCAGGGUAUGGUUUCUGGAGACGAGGUCCGGGAGAUCAGACUAA